AUGCCCGCGAAACUCGUUCGCCAGGGAGGCGUGUUCCUCCAGCAUCUCAAUAUCAGCGAUGCUUUCUCACGCCCCGUCCGUCAAAUGAUCUCUCACGCUCAUGUCCAACGUCUGUCGAUGUUGUCCCGUGGUCGUUUCGUUGGUCCAAUUGCGGCACGCGCCCCCGUUCUGUCCCGACGCUUGACGAACACUUACGCGACUGCGGCUCAAGCCAAGUCUUCAGAGCCCAAGGCAGCCAAAUCGAUUCCCAAGGUCCGAAAGGUGCAGGCAACCGAGUCCAAGGGGACUGCCAAGGUGAAGAAGACGAAGGCGCAGACGGGAAAGACGAGAGUCACGAAGAAGGCCACGAAGAAGGAGCGGAAGCCGCGGGAGAAGAAGCCUCUGACCCCCGAGCAGGAAGAGAAGCUGACUCUGCGCGAGAAGAAGAAGCAGAUCAAGGAAUGCAAGGCCCUAUGUCUCACUCCGCCUCAGCUGCAUCCCACGACGGUCUAUGCUGUGGCUCGCGCUGAAGCCGGGAAACAGAUCUCCAAGGAGAAUUUACAUAUGAAGGGCAUAUAUAUGAUCAACGAACUCCAAGAGCGCAUUUCGAGCCUGAGAUCUGAGCAGUCGGAGGAAUACGCACGCAUUGCGGAGGAGAACAAGAAAUUGAACGAGAAAAUCAUGGCUGAUUGGAUCAAGACCUUCACUCCUGCUCAGAUCCGGGAUGCCAACAAGGCCCGGCGCAAGCUUGUCAAACUUACCGGCAAGCGGCAAUCGAAACUUGCCCUGAUCGAUGACCCUCGCCUGGUUGCCCGCCCUCUACAUCCUUAUGCCCACUUCACCAAGACUCGAAUCCACGAAGAUCCUCACAUCGCCAGUCUUCCCAUGUCUGAGCGGAGCCCACGUCUCAGUGCCGAGUGGAAGGCACUAGCGCCGGAGGAGAGAAAGGCAUACGACCAGGCUUACCAAGAGGACAAAGAGCGUUACCUUCGCGAGUAUAGGGAGGUCUAUGGCGACGAGCCUCCGAAACUUCCCAAGGCGCAACGCGAGUAA